AUGGCCCGGGGUCCUGGCCCGCUAACCCGGCCUCGCCCCGACACAGUCGACAUGCCCAAGAGAGGAAAGCGACUCAAGUUCCGGGCUCAAGACGCCUGCUCUGGGCGAGUGACUGUGGCGGAUUAUGCCAACUCGGAUCCGGCCGUUGUGAGGUCUGGAAGGGUCAAGAAAGCCGUCGCCAAUGCUGUUCAGCGAGAAGAUCUGGAUGGGGCUGGAGGAGAAGAGUAUCCCAUGGAUAUUUGGCUCUUACUGACCUCCUAUAUCCGUCCUGAGGACAUUGUGAAUUUUUCCCUGAUUUGUAAGAAUGCCUGGACUGUCACUUGCACUGCUGCCUUUUGGACCAGGUUGUACCGAAGGCACUACACGCUGGAUGCCUCUCUGCCUUUGCACCUGCGACCAGAGUCAAUGGAGAAGCUGUGCUGUCUCCAGGCAUGUGUGAUCCGAUCUCUGUACCAUAUGUAUGAGCCAUUUGCUGCUCGAAUCUCCAAGAAUCCAGCCAUUCCAGAAAGCACUCCUAGCACAUUAAAGAAUUCCAAAUGCUUACUUUUCUGGUGCAGAAAGAUUGUUGGGAACAGACAGGAGCCAAUGUGGGAAUUCAACUUCAAGUUCAAAAAGCAGUCCCCUAGAUUAAAGAGCAAGUGUAUGGGAGGAUUGCAGCCUCCCAUUCAGUAUGAAGAUGUUCAUACCAACCCAGACCAGGACUGCUGCCUACUGCAGGUCACCACCCUCAAUUUCAUCUUUAUUCCAAUUGUCAUGGGAAUGAUAUUUACUCUGUUUACUAUCAAUGUGAGCAUGGACAUGCAGCAUCAUCGAGGGAGACUGGUGUUCCAAGAUUCUCCUGUCCAUGGAGGUCGGAAACUGCGCAGUGAACAGGGUGUGCAAGUCAUCCUGGACCCAGUGCACAGCAUUCGCCUUUUUGACGGGUGACAUCCUCAGUAUCCAUUCUCCCUGAGAGCAUAG